AUGAAACUACAGAAAUCCGAUGAAAAGGAUGCCAACGGCAAGGCGAAGCCUAAAUUGGCUAAAAAACUGAAGCCGUUCAAGAAACAGAAAAGCAAACAAAAGUCUAAACCUAAAGAUUCCGAUGAGUCUUCAGAUGAAGGCAUUGCGCCACUUAAAGAAACACGCAUCUCAGACGAGGUUAUCCCAAGAAAGACAAAAUGGACCAACAAACAGCGGGUGUUGGUGUUGUGCGCUAGAGGUAUCAACCACCGGGACCGGCAUUUGAUGCGCGACUUGAAAACAUUAAUGCCGCACCAUCGUUCCGAACCCAAGAUGGAGCGAUGGAAGACUCUCCAAGUAGUGAAUGAAAUGUGCGAAAUGAAGCACUGCAAUAAGGUGAUGCUGUUCGAGGGUCGCCGAAAGCGUGACCUGUAUAUGUGGCUCGCUAAUGCAGGGGCUGGCCCGUCAGUGAAAUUUUUAGUCGAAAACAUUCACACUAUGGGUGAGAUGAAAUUGACCGGUAAUUGCCUGCGUGGUUCGCGACCUGUGCUUUCGUUUAGCGAAGACUUCACAAAGAUCCCGCACCUGGCACUAAUCAAGGAAUUGUUGGUACAAACUUUUGGCGUACCAAAUCAACACCCAAAAAGCCAACCGUUCAUGGACCGGGUUAUCACGUUCACCUACUUAGACAAACGAGUCUGGUACAGGCACUUCCAGAUACUCUCCGAAGAUGGCGGCUUGACGGAAAUCGGGCCAAGGUUUGUGAUGAAUCCGAUCAAAAUAUUUAGUGGUUCGUUCGGUGGAGAUGCGAUUUGGGAAAAUCCCGACUACCAGAGCCCAGCCAAACACCGUCAGAUGCUUCGAAAAGCAGCCAGUGAGAAGUAUGUGCAAAAGGCGAGGAAAAAGGUUGAACAUGAGCUGAAUGCACCGGUAGAUACGCACCAGCUCACGCCUUACGGUGAUAUAUUCAAGAGCAGUGUGGAAAAAUGUGCCAAGCAGGUGUUGACGAAUGAAAAUCGCCAACCGAAGCUGGACAAGGAGCGCGAGGAAAUCGAAAAACAGCAAAAGCGCGUCAAACAACGUGACGCUAUGCGCAAACUGAAACUGACCACGGCUAAAAAAACUACCGGUAAGAAGACUUCAGCAAAAAGUAAAGGAGGUUUGUCGAGCAAAGUUGGCACACUAAAGAAGGGUGGUAAGGUUAAUAAGGGUAAGAAAGCGAUCAACGGUAAAGAGAAAUGAAUAACCAGCUAAUUAAAUGAUAGCGUA